AUGGCCAUUGAUUCGACAUGGUUAAGAGUUCGGGAUUCGUACUCCCGUUUUAUAUUCCAAGAAAAAUAUUUUGGAGGCGAAACCUGGAGGCUAAGUGUUAAUGAGGAUGAACAGGCACUUCCUCCUCUUUACGAUACAGCGGCAGUCAUACGAAAAAUAGUUAACAAGCCCGACCCAAGCAAACUCAUUCCUGACGUAUAUCAUUGCUUCUGCGACAUAUCCAAACUGUUAACGAUAGCAGACGGUGACUCCCAAGAAAGCGAUAUUUCCAAUUUGGCAUACAUCACCAUUUGUGCUGGUAGCAGAUAUUGGCAAUUUUUAUAUGACGAAACCACUGGGAGCUCAGUAUUCGAUUGGUAUCCGAAUUCUGAAACGACUGCUGCAGAAGAUCCAUCGUUAGCCUACAAGUUACUCCACGAAAGGAACAAACUUGUCUUUUUGGACUACCUCGUGCGAAACGGAAUUAGACCUGAAUAUUGGCCACAUCGACAGGAGGUCAUGAUACGCAUACUGCAUUACGUCUAUACCCGAAAUGGGGAAUACCCGUUGAUGCUUGAGGGCAAUGAUCCAUUUCCGCGUUAUUUGCGUUUGAUUCCUGUGGGACCUUCUGCGGACCCUCGGCAAGUCCCAAUUUUUUGCCAAUACCUACUUCUAAUGGAAUCAUUCUUCCGCCACGUAAAAACCACGGAGACAGGUCUAUUUUUUGGCAAUUUACAUGCUCACCCUGGGAUAUCCAAUUUCCUGGAAGAAGCUAGCACCGAGAUAUGUUGGCUACAUACCGACCUUGUCGAUUCACAGUCUCGUGGCCAUCAACAAGCAUCACAUGCAUAUGCUACUCUCAUGGAAAGCAUAACCGCGGGUCUAGGAGAGGUGUUUUCAGAAAACCGAUAUCAUAACGCGAUGGCUAUGUUUUACUAUGCGGCCAUCUUCGCUGAACCGAUAAAACGGGCCCUUAAAAUGCUUCCAGCGCACUACCUAGAUGCCUACUCCGAAGUCACUGUCGCACAUGCAAGGCUUUUAUCGAUAAUACGUUCGAAGAAGAAAGUUAUUUACAACCAAUUUCAAGGCUCAUAUAGGGACUUUGAGGCGCGCUUCGUUUAUUUGAAGGCCUGGGAACCGCAGUAUGCAAGAACCGAUGAGAACAGGUUGAGAUUCACACCUCAUUGGUGGGCCUUCCUCUACGGCACUGAUUCCAGCGGCACCGACUCCAUAAUGCCAAUGCCGGUCAAUCUGGUACAGCCCAGGCAAUUUGCAUCAUCUCCAGAACCUGAGCAGCAGACAACGCCUUCAGAUCAUACUACCGUGGAGUUUAUUGUUACUGCUUCUUCACCAGAGUUAAAGUAA